CGCCCUGCACACAAGUAGAGGGAAGCAUAGAUCUCGUUCUGCCUGAUCUCUGCUGCAUGAACGCAGAACCACCAUUCACAUCCCAGAAGGGGAAGGGCAGAGGAGGCAUUGAUUCUACAGGAGUGGACGGGAAAGGGUGCUGCUGAGACUAAGAAUGCUUACAUCUCAGAGGGAUGUGCAGGAAUGGUACCUUCCCAGCUGGAAAAUAAAACCAGAGUACUCCGCGAAAGUGCUCAUUGGAAACUGGUUGGAAGAGAGGAAAAGGUUUACAAAAGACAUUGGGAAACCCAGCAACAGCAGCUAUGGGACUGACUUUAUUCGCUUCCCUGGCCACAGAACAGAUCAAACAGUCAGGAGAACCAUUAUGAAGAAACUUGAUGGCCUGCCAAAGCAGCAUCUGUUUACACAUCAUGAAGAACCGAGCAACCGAAAUUUAGUAACUCAGUAUGAUGAUCAUUACAACAGACAUGGCUAUAAUCCUAUGCUGCCUCCGCUCCGCAGAUGGAAUGGACAAAAGCUAGCCUGGCUCCCGGAGAAAUCAGAUUUCCCCAUUUUCGAGCCACCCACCAACUAUGGCCUUUUUGAGCAACUAAUGAAAAAAUGGACCCACCAAGAGGCUGGAGUGAUGAACAGUGUCUACACUGUUUCUUAUGAGAUGCCGCCUGUUUCUGCUUUUGCCGUUCGCCGACGUCCGGUCACAAAUUGCCACCGGUCCCCCCAUGAUGGGCAGCGUCUUCCCCACAACCUCAGUGCAAGUCUGGAAUGUGACAGCGCACCAAAAUGCCUUCAAGUUUCCGAGCAGCCGGUCAGAGACCCGGCAGCCAUUGGGGCCAUGCUGUAGAGUGCUUAUUGCGAUACUCUAACUGCUAUUCAAAUACAGCAUGUUGACCAAACACUAAGUCUAUUCUGAUCCAUGUGCUAUUGGCAGAAAUAGGAAUUAGGCUAUAUAGAUGGAGUGGUGUCUACUGAUUGGAGCAGAGCACUGGAAUGUAGGGUGACUAGGUUACAUUCCCAGCUCUGCCUUUGACCAGUGGCAACUCCUCAGGGUGGACUUUGUUUCCCUUACUUGAAUCAGAAAUCUGCAUGAUCUUUCUGUGCUGCUGUGAAGGGCUCUGAGUUCACCUUCGUGCAUCAGCUUUGCCUACUCACUGACAAAAGUCACCAUCACCCACGGCCUCUACUGAGCGAGUGACCUUAUUCAGUUUAGGGGUGGGCCUUCUGUGCCGCUCCCUUGUGGAAAGAAGCAGUAGGAUAUAUAUUCCAUAUACAGGGAGCGUACCCUAUAUAUUAUACACAUUACACAAGAGGACUGUCAUAUAUGACAGGGGACACUUAUAUUAGAGUGAAUACAGGAUCUCUCAUGAGUGCAAUGGGUAAAACAUAUGUUACACCUCUACCCCCAUAUAGCACAACCCGAUAUAACACGUAUUCUGAUAUAACACGGUAAAGCAGGGCUCUGGG